AUGCCUCUCCUUCCCCAAGCAGCUCAACGUAUGUUGCCCCCGUGUCGCUACAUGCUAGCGGCCGUUUCCGGGGACCCAUUAAUUGAGUUUGCCAGUCACCCCCUGCUGUUUAUUCAUAACCCUACGCGGCGUGUUAUUGAUGGUAAACCAGCGAGUCCUGCUGAAGUGCCUUAUCAGAUAGCCUUCAAAAAGAGGUCAGAUCGAGAUCAUGGCUUGUUCUACACGUUCUGUGGUGGCGCCCUCAUCGGCAGCACUAAGAUAUUGACAGCUGCACAUUGCUUUGUUCGAGAGAAUUAUCCUUUAUUCGCCAUGUGUUUGGGGUACACAUAUUUGGACGAUUUAACAAACACAUAUGCUGUUGCGGGAUCACUAAGAAAUAUAGCCCGUCAAAAAGAACCACAUGAGCAAUGGAGACCCAUACAUAAUAUAACUUAUCCUCCUUCUUAUAGAUUUCCGGAAAAUGACAUUGCUGUUGUGUUCGUAUUGACUCCAUACACUCUUAAUGAUUUAGUGCAACCCAUCGAUAUAGCCGAUACAUACGAAAAUUAUGAAGGUUACUGUCUGGUAUCUGGGUAUGGAGAAAUUUCAAAUCAGGUUACAUCCGACACAUUAAUGAAGGCACAUCUGUUACUCCUUGCUAACGAGCGAUGUCCUCGCAUCACUCAAUUUAGGAAUUUAUUUUACAACAUAUGCACAUCAGCCAUUGGAGCUGAAAUUGGAAUAUACGCAUCGUCUCCUUUCGAAUUUAACAAUCAUGUUGCUCCUAUACCAUACGCUAAACGACAUACAGACUAUAAUGGUAAGUGUUUGGUCUCUGGUUAUGGACGAACAGGACAUGGAACAAAGGAUACUACAGAAAUACUUCUUUUGGCGAAUUUGGAAAUCAUGCCUAAUAGUCUAUGCGGCAAGGUGCAUCGCAAACGCAUGGAAAAUUUUGUAUGCACCUUCUCGUCGUUUACUGACGUUGGAAAGCGAAACACAACGCUGCGCUGGUUUUCUCGUUAUGACUCCGUUCGAGUCGUCCGAUUCGUGCCGAAGCUUAGCUCUGCAACACUUAAUUAUUAUGCAGAUAUAAAAAUGACUCCUAAUUCUCCUUGGUUAUCGUACGCAUCACGCCUUUUUUAUGGAAUAGGAGGCAAACGAGCUGACAGAUCACCUGAUGGUCUGCGAUCGGCACCGCCCAUGGACACCCUCAGCACCAGGGGAGUCACAGCUAUCGUCAGUAACCCAUUGACUAAACAAACCAACACGCAUAUUGAGAUUUGGGAGGCCAAUGUUGACGAUGCUCGUCACAGCAACCAAAACUCCUUGGUUGAUGUCAACCUCCGCUGGAUCCCCUGUUUCGUAGCACACCAAACCACCACCUUCAGUUUCCUGGAAGUGUUUGAAGGCACUUUAAUAUGA